AAUCUUUGUAAAGCCAGACGAUAGAGAAAAAAAAAUAGUAAUCUGUGAUUGGAAAUCUACGUUUUCAGAGUUCAGAAUUCAGAUUUCAUCAGUCAGCACUGAACUACAGCUUUUAAUUCGUAAUUUAAAAAAUGGAAAAUAAAGCCGAUUUCCUAUAUCCCCAUACUUUUGUACUGCUAGGAGCAUCAGGAGAUCUCGCUAAAAAAAAGAUCUAUCCUACUAUUUGGUAUUUGUAUCGGGAUAAUGUUUUACCGCAAAACACAAAAUUUAUUGGAUACGCAAGGACAAAGCAAACUAUGGAAGUGGUUAAACAAAAAUCGAUGAAGUAUAUGAAAGUACGACCUGGUGAAGAAAGCAAAUUUGAUGAGUUUUGGGCGGCAAAUGAUUAUGUUGCUGGUUCAUAUGAUACAAGAAUUGAUUUUGAACUUCUUAAUCAACAUAUCAGUAAGUACGAGAAAGGCCCUCGUGCAAACAGAAUAUUUUAUUUAGCUGUACCACCUACAGUAUUUGAGGAUGUCACUGUGAAUAUUAAAAAUGCUUGCAUAUCUAUCAAAGGGUAUACUCGUGUUAUUAUAGAAAAGCCUUUUGGUAGAGACGAUGAAACUUCUGAAAAGUUGAGUAACCAUUUGGCUAGCUUAUUCAAAGAAGAGCAAAUAUAUAGAAUUGACCACUAUCUUGGUAAAGAAAUGGUACAAAAUCUUUUGACAAUUAGGUUUGCAAAUCAAAUAUUUAGUCCGUCCUGGAAUAGGGAAAAUAUUGCAUCUGUUUUAAUAUCCUUUAAAGAGCCAUUUGGUACAGAAGGAAGGGGUGGUUAUUUCGAUAGUUUUGGAAUAAUACGUGAUGUCAUGCAAAACCAUCUUUUGCAAAUUCUUUCUCUCGUUGCUAUGGAAAAGCCUGUAACUUUGAAUCCAGAUGAUAUAAGAGACGAAAAAGUGAAAGUGCUUAGGCAUAUCAAACCUAUAGAGCUCAAAGAUUUACUAGUUGGACAGUAUGUUGGCAAUCGAAAUGGGCAAGGAGAGGAAAAAUUAGGGUACCUGGAUGACCCUACUGUGCCUAAGGAUUCAGUUACUCCUACAUAUGCUGUAGCUGGCAUUUAUAUUGAUAACUCAAGAUGGCAAGGUGUCCCAUUCAUAUUACGCUGCGGUAAAGCUCUAAAUGAGAGGAAGGCAGAAGUAAGAAUUCAAUAUAAAGAUGUACCUGGAGAUAUUUUUCAGGGUCAUACAAAAAGAAAUGAAUUGGUUAUACGAGUUCAACCUGGGGAAGCAUUGUAUUUGAAACUAAUGAGCAAAUCACCUGGCAUGAAGUUUGAUUUGAUGGAAACCGAGCUGGAUCUCACAUAUAGCAUGAGGUAUAGAGAAGCUGAUGUGCCAGAUGCCUACGAGAGAUUAAUUCUUGAUGUCUUUACAGGAACUCAGAUGCAUUUUGUGAGAAAUGAUGAGCUAAAGGAAGCCUGGCGCAUAUUUACUCCAGUCUUAAAACAGUUAGAGGAGCAACAUAUUAAACCUGUUCCAUAUAUGUAUGGGUCCCGUGGUCCUCUCGAGGCAGAUGCAAAGUUGGCUGAAUAUGACUUUAAAUAUUCAGGAUCCUAUAAAUGGCAGAAGCCUACACUUCAUUAAAGAUAAAUUCAACUUGUUUUUUGUGGUGAAGGUAUUUUUUGCUCAAAUUUUACAUUAGCUUUUCAUAUUUAAAAGUUGAUUUAAGUGUAUAAAAUUGCAAAAUAUUAUUACCUUAAAGACUACUGGCUAACAUUCCAUUUUAUGCAGUACAGUCGUAUCUAAGGUCAUUUUGAGGUCACAGUUUUGCUAUGUCAUAAGUCAUAAUUAUUGAAGAUUAGAUUCAUCCAUAGUAAGUAGGUACAUUCUUAAUACUACAUAAGUCUUAAUACUAUUUUUGUACAACAAUAAUUAAGAAAGUCAAUGUUAUUUUUAUAACAUCACAUAGUCAUCACAACACUUGUUAUAAAGGUUUGUUCUUGUUGUCACGUAAAAGUGAUUAUGCAGAGGUCAAAGAUAUCACCUUGAAUUGCAGAUUUGCUGAGUAUAAAGCAACUGUAUUUGUAAUUAUAA